UUUCCUCGUACACAAAAAUAUUAAGUUGUCCCAAUUUAAACAAGGCCAUCCCAACCAAAAACCACAAACUCCACAACCUUAACUUUUACGAUAAGAUCAGACAUGAUUCCUGGUACCCAGAACGAGCUACCCUUGAACGAAAACGACUCACAAGAGGUGGUUUUGUACCAAAUCUUGAAUGAAGCCAACACACUAAACUCCAGCCCGUUUUUGCAGCCCAGAAACAGAGGAGUUACACAGCAGAGUAUCCUCCUCCGCCCCACGCAGUCGAUAGCCAAGAAGCAUUACAGGGGCGUGCGGCGGCGGCCGUGGGGGAAAUUUGCGGCGGAGAUUCGUGACUCGGCCCGGCAGGGCGCUCGGGUGUGGCUGGGCACGUUUGACACGGCGGAAGAAGCCGCCUUGGCUUAUGACCGAGCGGCUUUUCAAAUGCGUGGGGCAAGGGCACUGCUUAACUUCCCUGCCCACUUGGUUGAAGCCCCGCCGUCUUCUGUGCUUAGAGUGCACUAUCCAUCAAACAGUAGUUGCAGCAACGAAGCUUCUAGUGGCGGUGAAUCCAAAUAAAUCAAGAAUUCUCCUGGAUUUUCCGACAAGUGGCCGCCGGAGAACAGAGUUUACAUAAAUGAAAUGUUUAGGAAUCUAAAACCAAUUUAAUUUAAUUUGCAUAUCGUGUAAAUCUAUAGCUUUCCAUGUUUCUCAUUUACUUUUCUUCCAUUUCUCUAUUGGAUGGGAAUUGGUUGAAUUGUCUUGUUGUUUCUCGGAUGAACAUUUUGAAUUUCGCAUUGGUUUCUUACU